UUUUAAAAUAAACAAAACAUCGUUCUUAUACUUUUUUAAAAUCUCUAAAAUAUUAAUUUUAAAUAUAUUUUUGUAAUUAAUUUAAAUUUAUUAAUUAAAUUUAAUGGCGGAAAUUAUCAAAAAGCGAAGAAAAAAUGUCCGACAAAGACAAGAUGAUGACGAAGAUGAUGAAGAUCAGAUUGAAAUAAUUUCAGCCAUCCUAGAAGAGACCAAGGAACUACAAAAAUUACGAAAAAAGCCAAAUGGUGUGAGUAUCGAAGACUUGGCCACCAUCAAAACUGAGACCAAAGAGAGAAAGAAUAUGGACCAUUUGAAGUUAAAAACAGGUGGCUUUGUUGACAUUAAGAAAUUGAAGAAAGAAUUAUCAAAAGUCGAAGACAUUGAUCAGAUAGGGACGAAUUUCGCCAUGGAAACCAAUCAGAGGGAUGAAGACGCCAUGAUGUUAAAUUACGUGGAGGAACAGAUGGCAAAGUAUAAUGGAGCUAAGGAGGAAGAAGAUGAAAAAAAAGAAGAGAGCCACAACCAGAGCCUAUCAGAAGACAUCUUAUUUCAGCUACCGGAAAGCAUCAAAUUCCAUCCAUCAUCUAAAAAGAAGACAGAAGAGUCCAUAUCCAAUCAGAUGCUCUCUGGCAUACCUGAGGUCGACCUGGGCAUUGGGGUGAAAAUAAAGAACAUAGAAGAAACAGAGGCGGCCAAACAAAGAUUAAUGAAAGAACGACUGAUGCAGCGAGACAAAGGAAUCUCCCACUUCGUACCAACUAAUGUUGCAGUCAACUUCGCCCAACACAACAGAUACAACUUGGAAGAUAGUUCUCAGCCAAACAGGCGAAUGUUGUCAUCACUUGCAACCGCCACGCCAAAACCAACGCCGCAGUUUCGAGUCGGAGAUGCGGAAAAACCGGAUACUUGUUAUAGUUCAACAUCGCGACCGACGUCGCUGGUGGCAACGAACGCGACGACCUCAGGAGCUGCCAAUGAGAAGGCCACAGACGACUUCCACUACGAAAAAUUCAAGAGGCAUUUAAAAAGAUUUUGAUAGAAAACUAUCGACAAAGAUGACAGUACUACAGCUAUUAUUACUCACAUUUCAACUACCGCUACUACUACUACAACCUCUAUUACUACUACUACUACUACUACUACUACUACUACUACUUCUAGUGAUAGAAACCAUAAAAUAUGAUUAAUAUUUAGAAAAUCUUAGAAAGCAAACACAUUGAUUCGGUCUAAUUCCUUUCAAUUUUAAAAUUUUAAUGAAUUCAAUUUAAUUAAUUAAAUAAUUAAUUAAUUCAUUAAUUUGAAAUGAUUAAAAAAUGAAUUUAAAAAAAUGGCGAAUUCUCGAAUUCUAUAACUGAAAGUUAAUUAAAAAAACAAAAACGAACUGCAAAGUAUACAUACAUAUAUAUAUAUGUAUACAUACAUAUAUAUAUAUAUAUAUAUAUACGAUUGAUAGAAUGUUCAUGUUAUCAACUUCUACAUUUAAAUGAAUUAAUAAAUAAUAAUAAUAAAUUUAUUAAUUAUAAAUUAAUUUUUAUUUAUAAGAUUAAUAUUCUUAGACUUCUUUUUUUUAUGUUAUAUAUAUAUAUAUAUAUAUAUAUAUAACAAAAAUUGUAAUAAUACUUAGUUUGAUCAUUCUUACGAUAUAUAUAUAUAUAUAUAUAUAUAUAUAUAUAUAUAUAUAUAUAAUAACCAAUAGCAGACAUAAUAAUAAGCAGCAAUAAAAAUAUUGAUAACUUAGUAA